UGUCUAGCAGGUCUUCCGGUUUAUACCGGAAGACCCCCCCAAUUACGUAGCCUGUUUUUAACAAUAGAAAAUGAGUUAACCGUUGAUUUCCCCGUUAUAUUAGUUUACCUGAGUGUGUUAGGUUGAAGUAUUCUACAAUUUUGUAGAGCUUACAAUGGAAUAAUUAGAACUGCGCUUCCGGUUAUAGCUGUAGUUACACCACCCUCAGUAGUAUAGGGGUCCGUUUUCCUAGAGGUUCUUUUCUUGAUUGUGUUUUUGGUUUUGCUGCACGUGUAACGUUUGUUGCCGCAUGGCGUCCGCCUCGGCCCAACCUGCGCCCCUGAGCGCCGAACAGGCCAAGGUGGUCCUGGCCGAGGUGAUCCAGGCGUUCUCAGCUCCGGAGAAUGCCGUGCGCAUGGAUGAGGCUCGGGACAACGCGUGCAACGACAUGGGCAAGAUGCUGCAGUUCGUGCUGCCCGUGGCCACGCAGAUUCAGCAGGAGGUUAUCAAAGCCUAUGGCUUCAGCUGCGACGGGGAAGGUGUCCUUAAGUUUGCCCGCUUGGUCAAGUCUUAUGAAGCCCAGGAUCCUGAGAUUGCCAGCCUGUCGGGGAAGCUGAAGGCGCUGUUCCUGCCUCCCAUGACACUGCCACCCCAUGGGCCUGCUUCAGGUGGCAGUGUGGCGGCCUCCUGAGGGUUGGCCUCCCCUGUGACAUUGCCCAGGAAAGGAAGAUCUCGGUGCCCUGGAGGAUAAUAAAUGUGCCUGUGAUUUAG